AUGGGCGACUCGACACAGUCUCCCCUGGCCAUGCUGGUCCUGGUCACCCCCUACACCAUCCUCUACCUCGUCAACCAGUUGUUCUUAAAUGGCAUCCUGGACAAGGUUCACUAUGUGUUCUUUGAACUCAUUUUUGUUCUCGCUUUCCGCAAGCUGUUCGGCCUACCUGAUCUGAGCGAACGACUCUUCCCGGCCCAGGUCGCUGUACAGUCAGCCGAGACUCUUCGCCCUGUCAAGACUUCGUUGGCCAACGGAACCACCAAACUUGCCCUUGUCAAUGGAGCUCCCACAAUCAAGAAGAAAGCAAAAAAGGCUGCUACACCCAAGGCGUCAACAACCACGACAACUGAAGGACCGAAGAAGACCAAGAAGAAAAAGGAGCAGCCCUAUGCCAGAGAGCUGAUCGCUAUGGAGAAAAAGUUCAUGGACUACAUCGACAACAAGGACAUCUGGGUCAAGGUCUUUGAGGAAACAUCCCCAGGAUUGAUUGAGGUGUACCAGUUCAAGGACCGACCCAUGUGCUACAAAAUCAUAGCUGUCAUGGACAACACCCCCGCAGUGACCUUCGAUACCCUCUCCGAGGUUAGCCGUCGUUUGGAGUGGGAUCCCCUCUGUGAGGAGGCCAAGGCUCUGACUGAGGUUUCGCCCGGCGUCAAGGUGUUAUACGUCCGCACCAAGGGAAUAUGGCCAACCUCCUCCCGCGAUACCGUUUUACUUGGAGCGAUCAAGGAGCUGGAUGAUGGACGGUACUUUAAUGUCACGUCUUCGAUUGAACACUCGCUCAUGCCCGAGAGGACCAAGGAGAAGAUUGUCAGGAUGGAGAUGGGAGUCGCUGGACAGAUCAUCGGGCCAGAGCCUGGACAGCCCAACAAGUGCCGUCUCGUCCAGUUGAUGGAUGCCGAUCUCAAGGGAUGGAUCCCCGACAAAGUCAUUCAGCUCGUGUCAACAAAGGCUGUGCCUGAAGGAAUCCGCAAUGUCAACAAGAUGAUCCCGGGGAUAUCGCCCUACCAGGAGUCCAAGGCUCUAGAGAAAGUCAUCGCCGCCCGCAAGGAAGUCGAUGCCAAAGCGGCUCAAGAUGGCGAUAAUGGAGUUGAAGAAGAAGAGGAGGAGGAAGUGCACGACCUCAAGACUCAACGCGGCUUGUCGCUAGGAGCGCUCCACAAUACACACAGUAUUAACGGACACGAUAACGGACAUCUCCCCAGCAACAGAUCCAACAAUGCCGUCGAGAGGAAGCGAUCAAGCACGUUCAGGGGGCUCUGGGAGGGUUUUAAGCAGAACCUGGGAUACGGAAGCAGUCCUGUCAAUGCCAAUCGAGUGGUCGUCAUGACCAUUGUCCUUGCAGUUCUGGGACCCACCAUUGCCCGCCUCCGAAGACAGCGACGAUAA